AGAAGAUUUUAUAAAUAAAUCAGAGGUGAGAGGRGAAACUGGAAAUUUGAACAUCUACAGAUACGAAUUUAAACAUUUAAUUUCCCUUUGGGAUCAAUGACGUUCUAAUGUUGGUGGGUUCCGACGUUUCACUACAACUCCCAUCAGCCCCCUCGGUUUGCUGCCAGGAAGGUGAACAACCCGAGUGGUAACCUCCGCGCCUCCUGUUGUCAUGGCAACGCAACUACCGACAAACCUGCAGAAAGCGAAAACUUUUUCCUGACAGUUUAACCGCAUUUUGUCCCAGUUUGGUCCUUUUUGAGCCCGUACAGAUGAAGAGGCGGCCCCGGUACUUCAGCCCCGCGGAGGUGGCGUCUCACUUCACGUCGGACGACCUGUGGGUGUCCUACCUGGGCAAAGUGUGCGACCUGACCCCGCUGAUGACGGAACACUCAGGUGACGUGCUGCUGCUGCCCAUCAUGGAGUGUGCCGGGAAGGACAUCAGCAGCUGGUUCGACCCAGAGACCAGAGACAUCCUGAGGUUUGUGGACCCUGUGACGUGCUGCGAGCGGUACUACACCCCCAGGGGGCGCUUCGUGCACACGCCGCCCAGCGGGCCGCGCUCCGACUGGAACACGGACCUGGGCCAGCCCUGGUGGAAGGACCGCCGCUACGACGUGGGGCUGCUGUCGGACAAGACGCGCUGGAUCCGCGUCGUCAACACGCUGACGUCACAGGAGCAGCUGCUGGAGGUGUGCUCGGAGGAGACCCUGGAGGAGAUCCUGCAGCGCUACCUGCCGCACAACGCCCACGCCAACAGCUACACCUGGAAGUUCCACAGAGUCGUCCUGGACAUGAAGAAGACGCUGAGAGACAACGGCGUCCUGGACGACGACCCGGAGCUGGAGCAGCUCAGGAUGGACCGCGACCUCUUCGUCCCCGCCAUCCUGCUCUACUUCAACGACGACCUCACCGAGGGGUGACGUCAUCGCUGUGACAUCACAUUAAACCUGCGACAGGUCCUGUGAUCUGAA